AUGUAAGGAUUACCUCAAAAAAAGUGUCAGCUCCUGUUUAAAGAGUAGAUACCUGUUAAAAAAAAGAGUUCAUAAUUUGUCAAAUUGAAAACUCUCACUCUAAGUAAUUGGAAAUCAAAAGAAUUGACAUCUCAAUUACUUAGUCCUAUAAAAUAUUAACCACCUCCAAUUAUGGAACCGAGAAGCUAAUCAAGAGCUAAUUUCUUUUAAUCUUAGCAUAUCAUAAUAAAAAUAUUUGAUGGAAAACAAAAUUUUAUGAAAAAGCAAUAUUUCAAUUUCUGA